UUUUAUUAUAUCUGCUGCAGCUUCAGCUUCAGGAACGAAGAUUGUUCAGUGGCUGGCUGAGAUGGUUUCCUCAACAUUUUUGAGCCCGGCGACUUGCUUGGCCUCCAUUCCGCGACUGCCCUCCACCGCCACUUUCUCCGCAUCUCUCCCUUCGCUAUGUCCUGGUCGAACAUCACACUUGGGUCUCAUCUCCACUUCAAGGAUGCGCGCCAAGUUCGAGAAAUUCCAGGGCCCUGAAAAUCCGGAAGAAGACAACACACAACAAGCUUCAAUUGAGCAAGUCGAGCAAGCUCAAGAGGAUGACAGUUGCUUGCCUUCUGAUUUGGAAGGUGCCGUUCGACAGUCGGGGCAAGCAAGUGCACAGUUUGUUUCCUCUGGAGGGAUGAGAGCUAUAGUUGAGUUAUUAAUUCCUCAGCUGCAAUUCCUUGAUGACGAAGGAGCACAAGUGGAGCUCUGGGAGCUAUCGAAGAUAUUCUUGGAUACACUUAUUGAAGAAACAGGAAGUCAGAGAGUUAAAGCCAUAUUUCCAGAUGCUGGAGCUGCUGCACUACUAAAAUAUCAGUGGAAAGACGCCGCAUUUGGAUUCGCUAGUUUGGGGGACCGAAAGCCUGUAACUAAUGAAGAUGAGAUUGUUGUGAUGGUGGUUCCUGAUUAUCAGAUGCUUGGGUUUGUCGAAAAGAUUGCUUCUAGUCUCUCAUACGAUUCGCCUAGGCCUCUUAUCAUGUGGAACCCACGGCUAAUUAGCGAGGAUGUUGGAGUUGGCAUCAAUGUCCGUAGACUACGGCGUGAUUUCUUAAGCACAUUCACAGUUGUCUACUCAAUGAAACCUCUUCCCACCGGCGCCGUGUUCAGAUGUUACCCUGGAUUAUGGAAGGUCUUUUACGACGACAGCGAGCGACCCAACAGGUAUCUGCUUGCCAGGGAACUCAUACGUCGUCCUGACAUUGAAGACCUCGAGAUAAUUUUUGGUGAUCAAGACAAGAUGUCGCCGGAGAAGGGGCCGUCUUUGUUUGAUCAAGCAGCCGGCAUCUUCUCGUCCAUAAAUCGCUUCAUGAAAGUGAUUUCCAGAUAAGUCUCCUCACCAUUUUGUCACUCUCUUGCUAUCAUUUUAAUUUGGUUUGAACACAAACAAUCUUUGUUGAAUCAAAUACCUGUUUGAUCAUAUAGCUGAUUUUGACGAGGUUGUCUUUA